AUGAGCAACACCGAUUUCCUUGGCCGGGCAAUUGACACCGUCAAAAAGGCCAUCGAGAACGACAAUGAAGGCGAAUACGAGAAGGCCUAUCAGCUGUACUACUCCGCACUGGAGCUGUUCAUGCUCGCCUUGAAAUGGGAGAAGAACCCCCGCUCCAAGGAAAUGAUCCGCGCAAAGACCGGCGAAUACAUGGAUCGUGCUGAGAAGCUCAAGAACCAUCUCGCCUCGCAGGAAGGUCGGAAAAAGCCGAGCGCGGUGGGCGCUAAUGGCAAGGUAGCGCAAGGGAGUGGGAAGGGAGGGAAAGAGGAUGAUGAUGGUGAGGACGCCGAUGCGAAGAAGUUACGGUCCGCUCUGGCAGGCGCGAUCUUGUCGGAUAAACCCAACGUCAAGUGGGAGGAUGUCGCGGGUCUGGAGAGCGCAAAGGAGGCGUUGAAGGAAGCGGUCAUCUUGCCGAUCAAGUUUCCGCAUCUGUUCACGGGGAAGAGACAACCGUGGAAGGGUAUCCUGCUGUAUGGUCCGCCUGGUACGGGUAAAUCGUACCUCGCCAAGGCGGUUGCGACGGAGGCAAAUAGUACCUUUUUCAGUGUGAGUAGCAGUGACUUGGUGUCUAAGUGGAUGGGUGAAAGUGAAAGGCUCGUGAAGCAGCUUUUCAACAUGGCUCGAGAGAAUAAACCCGCUAUCAUCUUCAUUGACGAGGUCGAUGCCCUCUGUGGUCCUCGUGGAGAGGGCGAGUCCGAGGCGUCCCGUCGUAUCAAGACUGAAUUGCUGGUGCAGAUGGAUGGUGUGGGAAAAGACUCCAGGGGCGUUCUAAUCCUGGGCGCGACCAAUAUCCCAUGGCAAUUGGAUGCUGCCAUUCGUCGUCGUUUCCAACGGAGAGUUCACAUUAGUCUUCCCGAUAUCAACGCCCGUAUGAAGAUGUUCAUGUUAGCCGUCGGUUCUACGCCAUGUGAGAUGACGCAAGCCGAUUAUCGAACGUUGGCGGAGAUGAGCGAGGGCUACUCGGGUAGUGACAUCAGUAUCGCAGUACAGGAUGCGCUGAUGCAGCCCAUUCGGAAGAUUCAGACCGCGACACACUACAAGAAGGUCAUCGUCGACGGUGCGGAGAAGCUCACGCCAUGCUCGCCCGGCGACCAGGGUGCCAUUGAGAUGACAUGGACAAGUGUAGACGCAGAGCAGCUCCUAGAACCACCACUCAUCCUCAAGGACUUCAUCAAGGCCGUCCGCAACUCCAGACCAACCGUCAGCCAGGAGGAUCUGCAAAGAAACUCCGAAUGGACGCAAGAGUUCGGUAGCGAAGGUGCAUGA